AUGUCUCUGGCUGCUGCAAAGAAGGAAUGCAUGAUAACUUAUGAGACUGAAAAGACAAAGUUAAAGGCUUUGCUUGAACCUGUUGACAAAGUUCAUAUCACAACUGACAUGUGGACUUCUUGUCAAAAACUUUCAUAUAUGGUAGUGACAUGUCAUUUUAUAGAUACUGAUUGGCAUCUUCAGAGGCGUGUUUUGAACUUUUGUAAUGUGCCCCCUCUACAUACUGGGCUUCUUAUUGCUGAUGCUUUAGAAAAGUGUUUCCAAGGUUGGGGAAUUGAGAAUAAAAUUAGUUCAAUUACUGUUGACAAUGCAAGUUCUAAUGAUGUUGCUAUUAGGAUAUUGAAAGAUAAUUUUAGAUUGAAGAAAACAUUGUCUGUAGGAGGGAAAUUGUUUCAUGUACAUUGUUGUGCGCAUAUAACUAAUUUACUUGUGCAGUAUGGACUUGGAGAGAUUAGGGAUAUUGUUGAUUGUGUGAGAGAUGGUAUAAAAUAUCUGGUAGCAUCAGAGAGUAGGCUAAAACAGUUUAGUGAAAUUGCAAAACAGUUGCAAUUGCCCUCAAAGAAACUGAUUUUAGAUGUGCCUACAAGAUGGAACAACACAUAUUUAAUGUUGGAUGCUGCAAUUCAGUUCAAAGAAGUUUUUCCUAGAUAUGGUGAUAGAGAUAGUAGUUUUGAAUGGGUUCCAACUGUUGAAGAGUGGGGGCAAGUUGAAAAUGUUUGUCAACUACUUGCUAUUUUCAAUGAAAUAACCAAUAUUGUAUCCAAAAGUGAUUACCCAACAGUAUUCCUUUCUGAAGUAUGGAGAAUGAAGGACAUCUUAGGUAAGAAAAGUAGAGAUGAGAAUGAAUACAUGAAAUCAAUGGUAAGGAAAAUGACUGCUAAGUUUGACAAAUAUUGGGGGAGUGUAAUUUAUUGA